AUGGGUUCGGAGAGUACGUUUACUGCUCAAAAGAGAGCAUCCAGCGGGCUGCCGACAACUGUUGCCGCCAAUGGAGUUCGUGGACGAGCCGCCUCUGUAAUCCCCCGUGGCCGGCAGAUCCAGAAGACUUUUAACAACAUCAAGAUCACUAUCCUCUGUGGAUUUGUGACAAUCCUCGUACUCCGUGGUACAAUAGGGCUUGGAAGCCUCGUUUCCUCCGAGGCGGAUGUUGAGAACCAGCACUUAAUUGAAGAGACGAACCGGAUCCUGGCCGAGAUCCGGUCUGAUAAGGACCCAACAGACCCGGAUGACCCUACUGAAGAAUUCUUGAACCCUAAUGUUACUUACACUCUUGGGCCUAGAAUCAGUACAUGGGAUGAAGACCGUAAGGUAUGGCUUCAGAAAAACCCUCAAUUCCCCAAUUAUGUUCAUGGAAAACCCCGGAUCUUACUUGUUACUGGCUCUCCCCCAAACCCUUGUGAUAAUGCUAUAGGAGAUCAUUACUUAUUGAAGGCUAUUAAGAAUAAGAUUGAUUACUGUAGAAUUCAUGGGAUAGAAACUGUGUAUAAUAUGGCCCAUUUGGAUACGGAAAUGGCGGGGUAUUGGGCGAAGUUGCCGUUGUUAAGGAGGCUAAUGUUAUCUCAUCCUGAAGUUGAGUGGAUUUGGUGGAUGGAUAGUGAUGCUCUGUUUACUGAUAUGGUGUUUGAGAUACCUGUUUCGAAGUACAAUGAUUACAAUAUGGUUAUCCACGGGUACCCCGAUUUGUUGUUUGAUCAGAAGUCGUGGAUCGCGUUGAACACAGGUAGUUUCUUGUUCAGGAAUUGUCAAUGGUCUUUGGAUUUGUUGGAUACUUGGGCGCCAAUGGGACCAAAAGGUCCAAUUCGUGAGGAGGCCGGAAAGAUAUUGACUGCAAAUUUGAAGGGUCGGCCAGCAUUUGAGGCUGAUGAUCAGUCUGCAUUGAUAUACUUGCUGAUUUCUCAGAAGGGUCAGUGGAUGGACAAGGUUUUUGUUGAGAAUUCGUAUUAUUUGCAUGGAUAUUGGGCAGGUUUGGUGGAUCGGUAUNGUCGACUGCGCGCGAAUAUGGUGACUUCUGAAAUCUGCUCGUCUACAUUUUUCCCGGUUGAGAGGUGCGUGAAGAGCAGGAUAAGGAAUUUCAACUUUGUAGAUUAUCAAGUGCUGAACUUGUAUGGGUUUAGGCAUAGAGGCUUGCGCAUCCGAGAAGUGGAUCUAGGAGCUAGCUACUAUACUGUCUUCAGUGAGCAACACUGUAGUAUACCCGGUUAA